AUGGAAUACAAAUCGGGCAAUUUUCAACAUCAUGCCUGCCAGUGCCAAGGAAAAAUUCUGGAAAAGGACUUGACUCCGUUGAGAGCAAAACAUUCUGAAUCCCUAAAAGAAGACGUUCUGAUUUGCUUCAAUUCGUUUACAAAUCGAAAAGAGCAGUAUAGAUUGGAUAAGGGGACUGGAGGACUGGUUCAGAUGGUUCUGGAAGAUUCUGAAGCCUCAGGAGGAACCUCUGAAGGUUUUCUGAGGAGUCAUAGAUCAAUUUUAAUGGAUAAUGGGACCAUUGUAAUCACUAAGGAUCAGCAAGGACCACUUUAUAAGAUCAGCAAGUACGGAGGACCGAUGAAGGAGGCUGAAGUGAAGACCUUGGUGGAUGAUGGGCCUGCUGAAGAAGAUCCUGAAGCCUCUAAAGACUCUGGAGACCCCGAUGACUCGGCAUUGCUCAGCUUUAACAAGCUCCUUCCCAAAUUCAAAGUUGUCUUCUGCCCGCUCUACCAUUUCCUAACCCUAUGCGCCUUAAUCCCAUCCUCUGGUCUCUACCAUGCCUUCAUCCUCAAAGACAAAAAACUCCAAAGAUUCUUCUGCAUCUGCACAUCUUGCGCAGCUACCGUAACCAAUAAAUCGUUAUCUCCCAGCUAUGCAGAAUACUCAAAAACGCUUCAAACUCAAGUGAUCCAUGCCAAGAAUCGAGUGACUUUGGUGGAUGAGCAAUGGAUUCUGACCCCCAAUGGAUUUAAGCAAGUCUAUCUGGAAGAGCUGAAAUUCGAUCCGGGAAAGGUCCCAGACACUGUUUGCUUGGCCAGAAUCACUUCCGAAGGUUCCGAAGUUUACGCCAUCAACUACAUGAACUAUCUAAUCAUGGAGAAAUUGUGUCCCGUUGAGAAGAUCUUUAAGAAGUUUGAGAAUGUUCCAGUGGCCACUCUAAAGGAUCAGCGACGGCGGGAGAAGAGGUCAAAAGAGCUCCGAAAACGGAUCAUGGAGGAGAAGGCGGAGCUAGACGUCAAGAGAAUCAAGGAGGAUUAUAGGAAGCGAUCGGCAAGCUUCAAUAAGAUCCUUGGACCUCGAAAAUGGAGGCUCUCCUUGCCAGUCAAAGUGCAAAUGGUGCCGGAAUUGCCACUUGGGCAGAUGAGCGAUUUGCCGCAAUCAGAAAUUGCUCCAGGAUCUUCUUUAGCUCAAUUUUCUGCUCCAGGGACCUUGAAUUCCGGGCUUUUAGGAUCAACCUGGCUACCCGAAACCUCUGCUUCCUCUUACACGACGGCCAUUUCCACCUCUAGUCUCCCAAAUUCUCAAGGAUCAGCUACCUGGAUGCCCUUAACAACCGUCAAUGGCGCUUUGACGUCUUCCGUGGCCGAAGCCAUGGCCACCAUGCCUCUUAUCAACCAGUCAACCAUCUUUGGAAACUCUCAAGAAUCAGCUGGACCAUCCACAUCCAACUGGAUGUCUAUGCAAGCCAAUUCGCUGCUUAUUCGAGCACUCCAACCUCAAAGAAUCUCUCGGAUGUCUUCUCAACCAGCGGAUUAUGUGACAGUGUCUUCUGAUAGUGAGGAUGAUAAUGAUCAGGAGACGAUAGAAUCAGGAAACUCGAUUCCAGGAGGUUCCGCAGGGUCUUCGAGAUUGACAUUUGGCCAAUCAUAUGCCUAUGUUAAUGGUCUCGAACCAUCUUCUGCUCUUGAAUUCCCAUCUAACACUCUCGGAGAACCUUUUAGAAGCUUCAGCGGUCCAGAAGCGUGCUCUUCUGCCAACCUGACUGGUCUAGAUGGACCAUCAAAGAACCUUGAAUUUCAGUCUGGGGUCAAUCUAGGGGCCCUGUCAGCCUUCUCAUCAGCUCGGGCGGUCCAAAAAGCCUCAGGUACGGUCCAAGGGUCUUUGAGCUUGCCUGCUAUCGGACAACCUGCCCAACUGGGACCAUCCGCUGCUCCUGAAUUCGCUGUGGGAGAAUCCAAUGGAAGCUUCCGAAAAUCAAUCUACGAUCAAGGGUGUUUAGCGAUGACCGCUAUCGGACAACCAACAAUCGGAGACCUUCACGGACCAUCAGCGUCGCUUCUAGGGACCCUAGCAACAGCUCCACAUCCUAAUCCAUCCGCCUUGGACCAACAAAGGAGCUCUGCGAUCCUUGCUCAGUCAGUGUUCAACCUUGCGAUGGUCAAUAUGGCAGGAAUGGGAAGCUUGGGGAUCGGACGACCUGCCGAUUCAAACCUCACUGGUCCUUUGAACCUCGGAACCUCCCGAUCGACACCUAGGAACCUCCUUGCAGCCUCCAUGGGCCCCAUGGAUCCUAAUCUUGAAGCUCUCAUCAGUCAAACAGGGUACAUAGAUCCUUCUCAUGAGUUUUUCCAAACCUAUCCGGGUAUGGAUCCCUGCCCGGACUCCCCAUUUCUGGCCCAUCAGAUUCCCAGUGCUUACUUUUCGUCUAGUACUGGUCUUACAAGGAUACUGCCCUUUGGAAGGCCAGCUGAGGAACCUGAAGAUCAAGAGAAUCAGAAUCUCACCCGGAGUCUUGUGGAGGGAGCUUCUGAAGCUCCAACGUCUUAUACUUCUACCACAGACGAUCUAGGAUCUUCGAAGCAAGUUCAAGGAUCUCCAGAUCUAACCCAAACCCGACCACCAUCGUCUCCAGAAACCAAAAAAUUAGAGGAUGAAUCUGACUACGCAGUAUCGUUUGCUUCGUCUCCAGAAUUGGGUUACAAGGGACGGUCUUGA